GACGGAGGGAGUUUGCAGCUUGGCUAAAGUGCGCUAUCAGCUGCUGAAGGCUGGACCGACGAGCGGUGUGGGGACACUGAUAGAGGGGAGAGACAGAGGGUAGGGGGCGAGGCGGUUGGACGGAGACUCCCUCGUCGUUGUCGUUGGUGACGGUGGUACAGAUGGGCGCGACCCUCCUCAGCUGAGCCGGCCACGGAUCCAGCAGCACCCGGCUGUCACCCAAUGCUGCCUGAAUCCAGCUCCCCACAGUUGGAUAACGCACAUCCUGCGAAUGACACUUGGCUAUAACUGCCCGGCACCAUGCUCCCCCGUAACAUGCGAACAGGUGGCUGUGACCUGCCGGGGGUGGAGUCAAGCGAAGUGCCUCUCAUUGGCUACCGGCCCUUAACACCUGACAGCAGCACCCCGAGCAACCAAUCGAGGAGGGGGAGCAGCUGCGAUGAAUUGGAAACUUCACAGGCAGAGCCCUCACCAAUGAAGACCACCUGGUACUGUCCUCUGGAUCUGUCCACUGUGGUGGAGGAAGAGGACGAUGGAGUGAUCUACACAGUGGUGGUCAAACAGCAGCAUAGUGCCCCCAAUAGUGUGACAUCAGGGGUUUCUCGUUCCCAGUGUGUGAAAGCAGGGACUGAAGAAAAGCUGGUGCUCCACCUCCUCCACUCCUUUUCCAUGGGAGACUCCUCCUUCAUCACCAUCUUCUUCUCCACCUAUCGAUCCUUCACCUCCACAGGGAGAGUGCUGGACAUCCUUACUGACAGAUUGGAGAAUCCGCCUGGGGACAGCGAGAAGAGCCAGACGAGACAAUCUUUCAACAAGGCGGUGUGUACAGUGUUCAGCACAUGGCUCUCUGAGUAUCCUGAAGACUUUAAGAGUUUAGGGGAGCCUUCUCGCCUGCUGCGCCUGGCUCCUCUCCUCCCCCAGGACUCCUCGUCUGCAGUCGACCUCCGCGCUCGCCUCCUCAGGAUAGCCGAGGAGCUCAGCGAGAAAGCUCUGCUCCCUGAUGCCCAUGAAGCUUCAUCCUUUGCAGAUCACACCGGUAUCACCAGCCCUCCUCCUGACGCCUCCAAGUUUGAACCCACCAGCGUCCUUGGAUUCCCUGCAGCGCUCAUCGCUGAGCAGCUCACCAAAAUAGAGACAGAGCUGUUUGUCCGUCUGGUCCCGUACCACUGCCUCGGCUCACUGUGGUCCCAGAGGGAUAAGAAAGGGAGGGAAGACGUUUGCUGGUCUGUCCGGGCCACCGUACGACAGUUCAACAAGUUGGCCAAUGCAGUUUUAGCAUCAUGCCUUUGGCCUACGAAUCUGCGCAGCCAGCAGAGAGCCCGGCUGCUGGGGAAAUGGAUCAGCGUGGCAGAGGAAUGCCGAGCCAGGAAGAACUUCUCCUCGCUGUAUGCCAUCGUGUCUGCCCUGCAGAGUAAUCCCAUCCAUCGGCUGAGGAAGACGUGGCAGGACACUGACAGAGAGGCAGUGAGGAGAUAUGAGGAGCUGUCAGAGAUAUUCUCAGAGAAGGACAACUACUCACAGAGCAGAGAACUCCUAAAGGAGGAGGGCACAUCAAAGUUCGCCAACCUCGACAACAGAAUCAACAACAAAUAUCUCAAUAGGUCCAACGCCCAGGGCACUGUGCCCUACCUGGGCAUCUUCCUCACAGACCUCACCAUGCUGGACACGGCAGUCAAAGACAGGCUGGAUAACGGCUACAUCAACUUUGACAAAAGGAGAAGGGAAUUUGAGGUUUUAGCUCAAAUCCGGCUCCUGCAGUCUUCCUGCAAAAACUGUGUCUUCACCGCUGACGAGUCGUUCAUACAGUGGUAUCAGAGUGUACCAAAGCUAACAGAGGAGGAAAGUUACAGACUGUCCAGUGAAAUUGAAGCGCCCAGUGAGCCGAGCCCCCGUGGCCUUACUCCAACAGUCAUCAUCACACAGUGCCCAGACCUCAGUACCUCUCGGACGAGCCUGACUGGCGACAGUGAAAGUCUCUUUGACUUCCAGACACCUGUCAAUAAUCUGCUCUCAAAACUCACCAAGCAUAUGAGAUCUCCGUCUGUGUCCUGCCUGGAUGUUGACACAUCUACUUCGACCAAUGAAUCCACCCCUGCCUCACUGACUCCAUCCACUCCAACAAAAUCACACCGCCGAUCAGUCUCUUGUGGCAGCAACCCCACCAAUAACGCCAAAGGGUCAGGGCCCGACAUGCGAAUCAUCAGGAUACGGAUGGACCUGCAGGAUGGAAACCUGUACCGAAGCAUACUGGUUACAAGCAAUGACAAGACUCCCACUGUGAUCAGCUCGGCCUUAGAAAAGCACAAUCAGGACCCCAAACAGACGUCCAGAUAUGAGCUGAUCCAACUUCUGCCUGAAGGAAAAGAACUGGUCAUCCCUGCCACAGGAAACGUCUUCUACGCCAUGACAUCAGCAAGUGUUGACUUCCUGCUGAGGAGGAAAGGGGGCAACACUCCUCUGGGCUCACAGCCAAUCAACACAGAGACGAGCGCCACUUUUCCUCGAAUCAAGGCCAAGGGGAGGAGACUGGUCAGGACAUUAUUUUGACGUGAGAGUUUCCUCAGCCGACUUUGUCCACAGUGACGGAUUUUUUUCCUCACAGACAGUAAAUGUGGCCUUCUACACAUGCCUUCCUCCCACGCUCCUUCAAAAUUUGUUCUACCAAAACACCAAAACUAGGACCAAGUCUUCAUCAGUGACUCCAGAACAGGUUUCGUCAAACAUUUCAUACCUCCAGCUGCCCUGCUGCACUCACCAGAGCCGUCUGCUGCUGAAGAACAGUGUCAGCUUUCCUCUUUCCUGAGCAGUAUGCAUCACUACUUUACACCCGGAGGAAGAGCAAUGGAAGCCUUUAACUGGUGCUGGCUCUCGAGUCCCAGUCAGGUAGCACUCGAUGCAUUUAAUUUAUUCCAAACCAACAAGUAACGUCUGUUUUGAUUGCUGAUAACCACCAGGAAGUCCCUUGUUGUUGUGUGCCUCAGUCGUGAUGCUUAAUUGGUCAGAAAUUCUCUUUUCAACCUGCGAUGCUGUUGAAGGAUUUAGGACAGUGUUCUGGGAUAAUGAAAUCUGAAUAUACAAAGCCUGUCAGAUCUGGUUCUGCGAAACAGCACACAAGAGGAAGACCCAAAGAUACAGUACAAGUGCAUCACUGUAGCAAAAACACUGGAGCUUGUCAAAUGAGACAUAUAUGUUUUGUAUAUAUUUAUAUAUUUUGUACGUCUGUAUGAUGUCAACGUUGUGUUUACACUGGUGAGGAGCUCUAGGUCCAUGUGUCCGAAUUGUCGAAUUCAGAAAAAAUGCAUCAAGGUUUCCACUUUAAGCAGGACAGCAGGUGUCUACAGACAGUGAGAGUCAUCAUUUCAGCUCUGACUCAUACAGAUAUUCAUUUCAAUAUAAACUUAAAGCUGCAUUAAUCAAUAUUUUUUUAUCAACAAUGAAUUAAAUUAUUAUUCAUAUUGUAAUAGAGGCUGCUUGUAUUGACUAACCUACAAAGAAUAAUCGACUCUUUAGCGCUGUUGAGUAUUUUGGCCUGUUUCAGAUAAAAUUUAGAUGGCUCGUUCUUACAGCUUUUAUCAACCCUGUUUUCAGAAGUAGAUGUGUUUUUUAAAAACCCACAGUGUGUGCUGCCUGCCCAACAACAACCAGCAGACACACAGAGUUAGCCACUAGCUGAUAGAAAAAGUCAAAUAUGGAAGCAAAAAACAUGCAUGAAUAUUUGCAUUUCAACAGCCACUGAGUACUUAAUGUUGGAAUUUAAACACCGCUGAAUUCAUAUCAUUGAAUUUUUUAAAAAAAAAUUGAAACUUUGUAGCUGAAUUUAUUUGUGCUGAAUUCACCAUUUGAAAUUAUAAUAUGAAUUUUACUAAUUUGCAAAAAAAAAAAAAAAAAAGAUGGGUUUUUUUGUGUGUGUGUGUGUUCACAAAUUCAGAUCCAAAAAUUUAAGUUUCAUAAUUUCAGAAAAUGGAUUUUGGCUGCUCAAAUUCUAUUGGUCAAAUUCUCAUCUUAAUAUUCAAGUUGAAAAAAAAUUCAAAUAGAAUACUGGUCAAAUUGAUUGGUCAAAACAUUCAUGGUCAAAACAUUCAGGCUCGAUUGCCUCUCCUGUCCUGGUUUGACUCGAUGUUGCUGUUUUUUUUUUUGUUGUUUUUUUGUUUUUUUAAUUUUACAUCUGAACUGACAAAUGAAAUUUGAGCAGCCUAAAUGUAUUUUUUUAUUUUAUUUUAUUUAUUUAUUUUUGGGUAAUUCUGAGACUCGAAUUUUUGAAUCUGAAUUUAUGAACACUGAACAAAAAAUCAGUUUCAGCUUUUGAAGCUGCAAAUCGAGACAUUUUAUAUUUUAAUUUAAAGAUAAAGAUAAAUUCAGAGCAAAUUUAGACACAUGGUUUUCAAAAAUAAAACAACUGAAUGUUGUGAAUUCUGUGGUGUUUAAAUCACAGUGUUAAGUGAGGAAAAAACCCCAAUAUCAAGUAUUCAGUGGCUGUUAAACUUCAAAUACUUUUCUCUUAUUUGCUUUCAUAUCAAACAUCUAGCUGCUAAAGAGCCAGAUAUUUUUCUCAGGAGUUUCAAACUAGCCCCAAAAGGCACUUACUUCAUCAGCUGGACAGAAAUACACCUCCAUAUAAAUACUUCCUCUUCAGCUGGAUGUGUAUGUAGGCAGCUGUUCUUCUGACCCCUAGUGGCCAAAAAUGGAUUAUUGCAGCUUUAAAAAAAAAAACAAAACCUCACCUUAAAGCACUUUUAAAGCUUGUGGCUUUGCUUCAGUUUAUCACUGCUGCACCAAAACCAUAAAGAAAACCGUACAGAAAAUUAAAACAAUACACCACCAUUAUUACGUUUAAGGUUUUUCCAGGUUUGAUUUUUUUUUUUAACAGAGCAUAAGCUAAACUUAAUUUAUGCAUAUAUUUACGCAGCUCAGCAGGACACAGCUUCACUACUGUUUACUUACAGGUGAAAGCCUCAGCUCCAACUUUAUGUUAUGAACGAACAUGUUAACUUCUAUGUAGGUUUAAAACAAGUCUGGACUUUGACGAAGUCUUGUGACCUCUGGUUGCGCCUGCUCAGUGCUGGUGAGGCCUCUUUACUGGCUGAGGCACGAGCAUAGCAGGACCAGGGAGAGGAUUCUGGGUAAUACUAGAUGACGUGUGCUAGAGUUAUGCUGCGCUACUGAUUGUUUUAGUGCCUUUCUCUACGGGAUGCUCAUCUUUCCUCAUGUUUGCAUUAGAAUGUAUACAAUACACAUGAAAGAGACACAGUCACCUGCCGUGCUGUGUGGUCUCACAUCAAAGAUAUUUAUGCACUACAUACAGGAUGUCCUAUUUUUGUCUUAAUAAAUUUACUUUUAUAUGAA